UUAUUUACAAAAGACCACAUAUCCUGUAAUGACCAGAUUUGAUUAAUUAAAGCUGAUGGUUUUGCACAGAUAUUAUAAUUCUACACAACAGCCAGUAUAUACACUUGGUUUAUAUUAUAUAUUUACUGGUCCUUAGAAAGGUACCAAUAUUUUGUCACACCAACAACGGGUUGUUCAAAAAUAUAAAUAAAAACAACAAACAUAACAAAAACACAUUUUGAAAUAUAAAUAUUGUAAUAUAUAAAUCAAGCUCAAGAUAUUGUUCAUGUAUUACACUGUAAUAUAUUUCGUCGUGCGAUGUACAUUAACGUCAAAGAUCACACCAGGGGGCGUUGAGAUGCUGAAACGCCCCUGGUGACUAACGCUGUGUGUACAUCUUGACUUUUGUCCUUUGUGGGUUUCCAUACUGACCCACGCACCCAGUGAAAAAGUUAAUUUUUGUCCAUAGCUGCAGAAACAACCAACAAUCCUGUUUAAGGAUGAUUUCCACUGACAGAUGACAGAAGCAGAUGUUAGUGGAUUUGUCAUGGAGGUGGUUUCCUCCCGGAACAGCAGGUACACGCUGCAGAGGGACGUGCCUGUAAUACGGCUGAAGAGUGAUGCUGAACUCAGGGAAAUUUAUGAAUUUGGGAAGAAAUUAGGUCAAGGUAGUUUUGGAGUUGUUUAUGAGGCCACACACACUGAGACCCAGACGUACUGGGCAAUUAAAAAGGCAUGCAGACCAGUGGCGGGAAGUUCAAAAGUCAAGAUGUUGGAGCAGGAAAUAAACAUCCUCAAACAAGUGAAUCAUGCUCACAUCAUACAUCUGAAGGAAGUCUAUGAAACGCCACGGACUGUGUAUUUGGUUACAGAGUUAUGCACAGGAGGUGAUCUUAAGCAGCUGCUGAGGCGGAAAAAGUUCUUCGGAGAGGACGAGACCAGACAUAUAAUCUGUGCCUUGGCUGACGCAAUUGUCUACCUGCACAAAAGAGACAUAGUUCACAGAGACUUGAAACUUGAAAACAUUCUGCUGAAAAAGGAUCCUGAUGAAGGGGAUAGUGGCAGGAUUAAUAUCAAGGUGGCAGACUUUGGAUUAUCUGUGCAAACAGGUGGUGUUGGGAUUGAGAACAUAAUGACGGAGGCCUGUGGGACACUCAUCUAUAUGGCCCCUGAAAUGAUGAGCGAUCGAGGUUACACCCAGUGGUGCGAUGCCUGGAGCAUAGGAGUCAUUAUGUAUAUGCUGUUGUGUGGGGAGCCUCCGUUCGUGUCAAAAACAAAGUCCCAUUUACUCCAGGAGAUCAUGAACAAAGAGGUCACAUUUACUCAGCCAAUCUGGGCCACAGUCAGUGAUGCAGCCAAAAAUCUGCUGACCUGCCUCCUGAAGGUGGACCCUGCCUACAGAGUCUCUCCCAAACAGCUGCUGGAAACCCCAUGGAUUACAGGCGACACUGAUGUCCCUGCCAUCCCCUCCAAUGUGCUGAUUAUGAUGCAGGACUACAGGAAGGAGGAAGAAAGAGCACAAACUCUGGAGAACUUGUCUCUUUCUUCCUCAUCUGAGGACAACAUGGACCUGACCGUGGUGACCAGAACAGAUUCAAUCAAAAAGGACUGCAGGAGCUGUUCUAAGAUCAGCGUGGACAGAGGCAGUGGAUUCUACUCACAGUUCACAUGCAACAAACAGACUACAUGCAGCAGAGAAUCUACCUUCCAGCUGGACGAGUGCAAAAAUAUUUCAGAAAACUGGGAACUGUCUCAACCACCAACAACCACAAAGCCUCAUCCCUCUGUGAAACACAGAGACACUCAGACCAGUGUGAAGCAGUGCAGGCCUCAGUGCAGGAAGGAGCUCAACCCAGGUCAGAAACCUGCUUCUCACAGCCAGAGACCAUCAACCUCUGCUAAAAGUAGGACUGGACCCAGAAAGACUCCAGUCCCCAUGUAGCAGUAUUCCUGUUCCCAGCCGGGUUUCUUCUUAAGAAGGGUGCAGUAGGUAUUAGUGAAUAGAGUCUGUCAUUCACUGAGUUAAAUGACUUACAGAGAAGAGUACGAGGAGACUGAAGAUACAAAAGAAAAACAUUCCACCAGGAGAACAUUUUGUUAGAUAAACAUGCUUUUUAUGUACUGCUUGUUUAUUUAUGUAACUGUGUGAUUUAUGACUGAUGUGAAUGUAACUACUGUGAAUCAGAGAGCCUUUGUGGUGAUCGCCACAGCUGCAGUACGCAGAAGAAGAAACUGCUGCAGCCUAGCGUCCACCCUUAGCGGUGUCUCACGCCAAAGGAAGAGUUCCUGCUCUGAAGGGUUGUCCUGGAUGUAUCACUGGACACAAGUACUUUUGCACAGCCAAUAAUUAAGAAAAAUGCCAAGGAACAAAUGUUGUGUUUUAAGUGGCAUAAAAUCGCCUCAGUGCUCUUGCAGUACUUUUAAGAAGAACAUUUUUAUAAGGAAUAUAACCUUGAUUAGAGUGACUAAGAAUAUGUGAAUACAGAAAGGAACAAAAGUCAAAGGUAAGAUUUUUAGAGGAUGUAUUUUCCUCCUACCUGGACUGUAGGGGGAACUGUGAAUAUAGUUUGAUUAUCCUGCAAUAUAGGUUGACAUAUAUGUGUAUGUACGUAUAUAUGUAUAAAUACAUAUAUAUAUAUACACAUACAUACAUGAGGGCAGCACCAGGACAAUGUAGGAUGUUAUUAUUCAUAAAGUAAUUUAUGCUUUCACAACAUAAAAAUAAUUAUCACCAAAAUCUGAAUAAUUUAAAAUUCAAUGUGGAUUUAUUUUUACGCAAAUUCAUGCUCUGAAAAAAACGUGUUCCUACGACCUAGAGCUACUAGUUUUUUCUAUUUCAUUUUGUUUUGUCAUCUUAAAUACUUGUCACGAUAGUGCUGAAAAACACUAACUGUUUGCAUAUUGAAACAAACAUGAAACAACUUGAAACAAAGCCAGGAGACCCUGCAAAAAAACUACAACUACACAACACGGUCAUCAACAAUAGGGAUUUCUCCUUUCUUUUAUUCGUUUUUCCGCUCUGACCUCUCAAUUCCAAAAAACUGCCCGAGAUGCAGUGACUGCAUCCACUCAGUGUCAAAACAGAGAAAGUGUCACACAGACUGGUUACGCUCCAUGUGAAUGCAGAGGAUUGGGACCGGGCGAGGGUGGGGGCAGCUGCAGGGCUAAUCUGGUUUGGAGGCCAUUGAAAGCUGUAGGAGCUACUUUGAGGGCACUGCCAUUCAAACACAGGUUUUUUUCCACUACAUAGAGAAUAAUCCCCAGCACAGAUACAACAAUAAAGUAGCCAAGCAUAACACACAGAGAGGCUGAAUUUCAAUUUUAACCAUUUGCAUCUUGAAGUGAAUAAGUGCCAAAAACUGUACUGUGUGUGUGUGUGUGUUCAUGACCAGGCUCCAUUUUAGCUGUGUCUGUGUUCAGAUCUGCUGAUUUCACAGUUUUGUUUUUGUAUGACUGUAUGACUACAUUUUCUACCCACAUAUAUGGACAUAUAUUUAUGUCUACAAUGUACAUGUACAUAUAUUCACCUUGGUUUAUAUUUCUGAUCAUUAUGAUUUGUUUGAUCUACACUACAAAAUGAAACAAAUUCUAAAUGAUCUUCAAUUUCACCUGCUUGCCAUAAAUACUGCAGCCACGUUGAAACAUGAAGUUUGCCUGUGAUUGACUUCAGCCCAGCAGAAACAGCAGAUGGGGCUGUUCUUGUCCUGAAGUUAAGCUGACAGCAGUUCAUUAUACUUAAAGCUUCCUACCUGCUGUAAUCUUUGUGCAUGAUGAUGUGUAAUUAUAAAUGAAUGCUUAAGUCACUUCCCAUCAAAACUGUGACCAAAACAUUCCAUGUAACCUGUCACGCGUGAAUAUAAUGAACGGUUUUUGUCUCAGUGUUUUAUUCAAACUAAAUAAUUGGUUAAGGCCUCACUUCUUUUCACUAUAAAGAUGUCACUUUUGAUGGAAGGUUUGAAAAUAAAUAAUAAUUAAAAAAAAAC